AUGCGCCGCCCGCUCGCCCUCGUCCUGCGCGACGACCAAGCGCGCGCGCUCGUCGCCGCGUCCACCGCCGCCGUGGACGCGAGCGACGAACGAGCGCGACGCGCGCGUGACGCCGACGUGCUCGAGGUGAAAUUGCGAGCGAUUCAAGACAACGUGAAAACGUCGCACCUCGGACGCGACGUCCAGGGCUCGCAAGCGGGCGCGUCGAGCGGAGAGUUCCACACGUACAGAGAACAGCGCCGGCGGGAGCGCGCGCGGUUGGACGCGAUGGAGCGGGAGGCGGUGGCGGCGGACGCGGCGGCGGCGCGCGAGGCGAAACUGCACGCGGCGCGGGACGCGUUGGAGACGAAGACGGCGAAGAAUAGGGCGAAACGGGCGAAAUUGAAGGCGAAAUUGAAGGCGAAACGGGCGAAGACGAAGAGUGGGGGGGUGGGUGAUGAAGGGGUGGAAGAGGGUGGGGUGGAUGACGUCGAGUAG